CCGUCUCACAUAUUUUGAGAUUGAGCUCAUGACUGAGCUGAGCAGACUUACCAGACCUGAGUGCUUAGAAAAUUACUGCUUCAAUUUGCUCGUCACAGAGCGGGCUUUUUAACGUCUUGUUUUUAAUUUGUAAUUUUAGCAGUAAACUGCUAUUUUCUUUUUUUUUAUAUAUAAAUAUAUAUCGAAGGCACCAUGCAGCGACACAAUUAUCGUUCCCCGAGUCAUUCGCCCAGUGGCGGAGAUUACAAUAUGCGGAGCCCUGGAUCUUUCCGCAGUCCACCUCCUUCACAAGGCUGCGGUGGGUCCAUGUUGCCUCCGCCGUUGCCAAACUGGGGUUACGGGAGCCCGCUAUCCCCACCGUAUUUGCAGAGGCCGAGCAGGCCUUACGGGAGCGGGGGUGGUGGGCACUCGCCGCGCUCUUCUCCUUCACAGGGUUCGUAUGUAAGCAGGUUUGGUAAUAGGUCUCCGGGUAGCACACCACACAGACCCAGUCCUCGCUAUAACGUAUCACCUUACAACAAGUCUCCAGGAGGCAGCGGAGGAAACGCUCAGCAUUACCAGCAGCACCGUGGGCAGGGCUACCAGGGUUCACCCAGGACAUCUACACCAUUUGGUACAGCGUAUGGCAGAGAGAAAAGAGUGUCUAAUGAUGUGGAAAACUAUUACAAACCUUCAAUGCUUGAGGACCCAUGGGCUGGCCUAAAGCCAGUAUCCAUUACCGAUUUAGAACAACAAAUCAGCAAUGAGCAAACUACAUAUACUGGUAAAAAAGGGAGGUAUUUUAGUUAAAUCCUCUAAGAUAAGAGCCCAAUGCUCCAUGGUAGACAAAAAGGAAAAAAAAAGGAUACAUACACCGUGUUUUAAUUCAAAAGGUUCUGUUUGUUUAAACAGAUCUAUUUUUUUUACUGUCGGAUGUCAUUCAACCUUUAAUUGGAAAUCUACAAGUCUUGUAGGAUAUAUCAGGAAGUGUCCACCAGCAAUGAAGAACACAAUGUUCUGUAAUCACCAGCAUUUGAUGUGUGACUCUAACACAGAUUUCAGAUUCAAAAAAUUUAAAGUCUUGCUUUUCUGUAUUGGCUAGGCUUAACAAGAAGCCUAAUUUUUAUGUACUUUCAUUUUUAAGCAGGGUUUCAUUAUAGGGAAUGCUGGAAAAAACUGUUUGUAAACCUUUCUCCUUUAAGGGUGGUGAUAUUUAUUUUUUUUCUCUCGAGAUGAUUUACUAUUUUUGUUUAAGAUCUGGUGGAUUUGACCAUUUACAAUUGUAUAUAUGUUAAAGUGACAAAUGGACUCUUGUUUUGUGUACAGAUAUUUCAUUUUAAAUAUAAUGUGAGUUUUUAAUCCAAGAUGUUUACUUUGUUAGACCAUCUUUUUGCGUUUUUGUACAUUAUUUUGAAUUCUGCAUAAAAGAACAGUUGAAACCAUA